AUGUCGAAGCUCUCGGAAUCCUCAGUGACGAAAACAACCACAGCUGAAGACCCCACAAAAACUGCUUCAGGGGCAAAGAAGUUGUUGGGACCCAUCGGCUUCAUAGGGACAGGAGGCACCAUCGCGUCGAUCGCCAUAGACGAAUUCGACUUUUUGGACUACAACGCCAAGAACGAUCGAGUUGAAGCCGAAGAACUAUUCGAAAAGACGGGCCUUUACAAAAUCUUGCAAGGCGAGAACCCCGUGCUGUUUUCCAGUUUCAAGGCAAUCGACAGCACCGAGAUCGAACCAGAGAACUGGCUCACGAUUGCGAAAGAAUGUCAGCUCUUCGCCGAUCAGGGUGUUCGUGGCAUUGUCAUCGGUCACGGGACCGCCAGCCUCGAAGAGACUGCCUGGGUUCUGUCCCUGGUGCUGGAUUUGAAGAUACCGGUGGUCCUGACUGGGAGUAUGCGUCCGCUGAACGGGGUUUCUUCCGAUGCAGGCGCAAAUCUGCUCGCCGCUUUCCGCGUGGCAUCUCACGACUUUACCGAGAAGCCCGGAGUACUAGUGGUCAUCAACGAUGAGAUUCACUAUCCUCGGAUGGUGACGAAGACACACACACUCCGCGUGGGCGCUUUCCAGUCUCCAUGGCAUGGGCCGAUUGGACACGUGGACGGGGACGAGGUAAACAUUACUUCCAAGAGGCUGAAGAGCAGGGUUCUCCCUUCUGCGCCAGAUUUACUCCAGUUUGCGCCCGAACUGCUUGGGAACCUACCCCGUGUGGAUAUCGUCUACAGCUAUAUUGGGGCUGACGCCAUCAUGGUCGAGGCAUGUGUCAAUGCCGGGGCAAAAGGAAUUGUUUCCGCCGGCUUUGGCCCGGGACUGGGAUCUCCUGCAGAGAGGGAUGCUUUCGAAGCUGCGAUCAAGGGUCGGUCCGUGACUGUGGUUCAAUCAUCGAGACUAGGAGCUGGGCUGGUGGUGGACAGCCAAGAUCAUAAAAGCAGAGGGAUCAUUGCUGGCAAUGAUCUCAAUCCACAAAAGGCUCGGAUUUUGCUCGCUCUUUGCCUCGCCAAGGGAUAUCUUUCCGAAGAGAUCGAGGAGGUUUUCAGAGCAAUCUAA